GAGGGCGCCGCGAACAACUUCGCGCGCGGACACGUCGCCAUCGGCGAGGAGACCGUCGACCCAGUGCCCGAUCGGAUCAGGAAGCCCGCCGACAGCUGCACCUGCCUCCAGGGCGCCAUGAUCAACAGCGCCCUCGGCGGAGGCGCUGGCUCUGGGCUCGGUUGCCUGAUGCGGGAGCACCUGUCCGUCGACUACCGGGAAGACUUAGUUGGCACCCCGCCCGCGCAUCCACCUCAUGCUCCGAGCAACGCGCUCGCGGUCUCCGCGGAGAAGGCGCACCGCGAGCAGUCGUCAGUGGCGGAGAUCACCACGUCCGUCUUCGGCCCCGCUUCCACGUUCGCGAAGCGCGACCCCGCGCCGCGGCAAGCGUGGCGCUUCGCUGGAGGUUUCGCGGGCUACCCGCCGGGGUGGAAAGGGCACCGACGACGCGUGGUCGACGCGGCAGACGAGACGCUGGCGGGCGCGGUUCCGGGCUGGAGCAGCAUUUCGAAGAACCGCUAUCUCCUGACCCGGGCCGAUGCCAACGAGGUGCCCAGGACUUUCUCACCUCCAGGAUCUUCAGAGCGGGGGGGGCAGUGCACCUCUCGUGCCAAGACAUGCAGGGAAUUCACAGGCGGGUCGCAGCCUGACAGGCGGGUGGACCAGCCGACGUACAAGUUUCGGCCUACAGGAAUGCCUAUCUGCGGACCAUCGCGCUGGUUUACCGUUACAGCGGAUUACGAGGAGGUCGGUAUCGAAACCGCGGAGGGCGAGGGUGAGGAGGAGGGCUACAGCGACGAGUUCUGGGCAGGCUGCCGCACAUGAGUCGCAAGAGUUGACUUGCAAGUUGUGAUCCGAUCUUUGACAGAGCUUAUUUCCGCGCUGUCUCGCACAGACUUGCAUUCUAAUGCAGGGUGCAGGUGUGGUUUUCACGCUGAUCUUCUGCUGUUCACUCGCACGUGACAUCUCGACUCGACAUGGCCGAACUGCUUGGCCACUUCGUGUCCACGUAAUUUUGCCGUCGC